AUGGUUCGAAAACCAAAUCAGACAGACAUUCAAGACUUCACCAAAAGCGAAGCUCAGACCCGUCUUAACGAAAUGGAUUUUAAAGGGUUAGUACACGACAAAAAUGACCUUUCAAAGGUUGAAAAAAAGCGGACAAUUGAAAACGAACCCGAGACAACAGAGAGUGAUAAGAAAAAACCGAAAACCGUUGCAGUUACAAAACCGGAAAUAAAUAUUCUAAAUAAGCCUGUUCUACAUGAUACAACUCGAACAGUUUCGAAUUUUCUACUUCAUUAUUUGACUAAUGAGCCUGUGGAAAACAUUGAGGUAAGUCAAGUCUCAAAGGGUUUCUAG